AUGACUGGAGCUCAAAUGCAUGUCCCUGAUGAUGCAAACAGCAACCAAGAGGAUGGUCUGGAACCAAGUCAUUUUUUCUGUCUACCCCAAAAGGCCUGCAGCAGGGAUGCAGACCCCCUUCCAGUCCCCAUAAGACACAGCAGAGUGUUUGAAUCAAGGUACAUGCAGAUCCAGUCAGAGAGCAGGGAUGAGCAGAACAACAUCAACAAGUGUGGACCAUCAUGGAAAGUGUCCUCUGGAAUAUAUGUAGACUGCCAGAACUUUAACAACACACAGCGUCAGUGCAGAGGAAACAGAACUCUUUCUCAAAAAGAAUUUGAGAAUGAGUGUACUAAGAAAACGUUUGCCUCUAUCACAACACGUUGUGCUCGGUGGUGCCCUCCAAACUCCAAAUGUGUUGAUGCCAACACCUGUCGCUGCAUCCCAGGAUUCACGUCUUCAACUGGGGAAGUCAUCACCAGCCGCUCAGAGACUUGUGAUGAGAUCUCCAUCCACACCUGGACCGCACCCUCAAGUAUCAACAGCACGAUGCUCUCCUGCUUCUUCAACAGAGUCCAGAAUCUUAGUGAAAACAUGGAGUCAGUCCCUGUCGAGGACACUGUCCAGAACCUCAUACAGGGGGUGGAUGAAAUGCUGGAAGCCCCCCGGGACCUGGAAACCCUGCCCAACUCAGAACAGCAUCUUGUGGCCUCUAACCUGCUCAUUGGCCUGGAAACUGUCUUGAGAGGACUGAGCAAGUCCCUGAACAAUGAGUCACUGCACUUCAGUUCACCUUCAGGCACAGAAAUGUCACUGAAGGCACUGGAUAAAGAAGAUAAGAAUGUCACCUUGAUUCAGAAUAACAUAAAGAUGAUACUGAUCUGGGAUACAGUGCAUGAAUUAAAUGACUCAGGUCCCAUUGUGGUGGGCCUUGUCUCCAUACCUGGGAUUGAAAAGUUGCUGGAUAAAGUGCCCCUGAUUGUGGAUGCUGAGGAACAGGUAGUUCCACAUGAGGCACACGGGGAAUUGCUGCAGGAAAUUCCCCCUAUCCUGCUGUCUGAUGUCAUAUCCGUUUUUAUCAGCAACAGUAACACACAGAACCUCAGUUCUCCAGUCAAAUUUGUCUUCAAACAUUCAAGGACCCCUGAAACAAAGGGGAAGGUGCACUGUGUCUUCUGGGAGCAGGGCCAGAAUGGAAGUGGCCAUUGGGCAACCAGAGGCUGCAGGACGAUGGACAGCAGAGACGACAGCACCACCUGCCAGUGCACCCACUUCAGCAGCUUUGCUGUCCUCAUGGCCUACUACGAUAUGCAGGAGGAGGAUCUCACACUGACUGUGAUCACCUAUGUGGGACUGAGCCUCUCUCUGCUGUGUCUCUUCCUGGCGGCCCUCACGUUCCUGCUGUGCAAAGCCAUCCAGAACAUCAGCACCUCGCUCCACCUGCAGCUCUCGCUCUGCCUCUUCCUGGCCCACUUGCUCUUCCUGACAGCCAUCAACAGAACUGAGAGCAAGGUGCUGUGCGCCAUCAUCGCAGGUGCCUUACACUAUCUCUACCUGGCCUCCUUCACCUGGAUGCUGCUGGAGGGUCUGCAGCUCUUCCUCACUGCACGCAACCUGACGGUGGUCAACUACUCCAAUGUCAACAGGUUCAUGAAGAAGCUCACGUUCCCAGUGGGCUACGGAGUCCCGGCUGUGAUUGUGGCCAUUUCUUCUGUAUCCAGGCCUCAUCUUUAUGGAACACCCAAACGAUGCUGGCUCAGCACAGAAAAAGGAUUCGUAUGGACAUUUCUUGGCCCUGUCUGCACCAUCUUCUCUAUUAAUUUAGUUUUCUUCCUGAUAACAUUUUGGAUUGUGAAAAAGAAGCUCUCUUCACUCAACAGUGAUGUGUCCACUCUCCGGAAGACUAGGAUGCUAACAUUUAAAGCCACAGCUCAGCUCUUUAUCUUGGGAUGUACAUGGUGUCUGGGAAUCCUGCAGGUGGGACCAGCUCCCCACGUCAUGGCCUACUUCUUCACCAUCAUCAACAGCCUUCAAGGUUUCUUCAUCUUCCUGGUGUACUGUCUCCUCAGCCAGCAGGUGCAAGAGCAAUACAAGAUAUGGUUCGAAGGGAUCAAGAAAACUGAGUCUGAGGAGUACACACUCUCCAGCAGGGCCGUGUCGGAACCCUCUAAACACAGUCAAGUAAGAUCAUGCAUUGCCCCAGAGCACAUCACUGAUUGA